UAAGCUAGAAAAAAUAAUUUAUUUUAGCCAAAUUUUUUGUGUCCAAUCUCUUUCUUCAUCUUUAUAUAAACCUGACCCUUUGGCAUAUUCAUUUCCUCAAACCAAAUAUUAUUACCCUCUGGACUACUACCUCUCUGUCUCUUGAAGCCUUUCAUUGAGUAUUCCAAAGCAAAUCAUAAACUUAAAAAGAAGAAGUUGAAAGAAGAAAAAAGAUGGCUGCUUUUUCAUCAUACCAAUUACAACACACCAACCCUUUUCUUCUUGACACAGUUUUUUCGCCAAGUUCUCCCAUUAAGAUGUCUGGCUUUUUGGAAGAACCAAACAAUUCUUGUACAGUCCAGAAUUGUUUCUCUCAAUUUUACCAACCAGAAUUCCAUUCCAAUGUGAUUGUUCAUGAAAAUAACCCAAAUAUUACUACUACUCUUAGCCAUGAUGAGCCUAAUUCUGUCACCAACAAAAGUACCAGCAGCAGCAGUUUGGACAUGGAUUCUUCCUCUGUUACUGAUAAAAUUGAAACUGAGAAUAAUAAGCCUAAUGUCACUCCUAUGGACAAGAAAAGAAAAUCCAGAGAAGGGUCUCCUUCUAGGAGUUCUGCUCACUCUAGGGGUGAUAAUGGGAAAAAGAAGAAAAGCAAUAGCAAAUUAGUAGCCAAAGAUGAGAAAAAAGAGGAGAAGAAAGCAAAUGAAGAGGCACCAUAUGGCUACAUUCAUGUUAGAGCAAGAAGGGGCCAAGCAACUGACAGCCAUAGUCUUGCUGAAAGGGUGAGGAGAGAGAAAAUAAGUGAAAGGAUGAAGAUAUUGCAAUCUCUUGUUCCUGGUUGUGACAAGGUGAAUCACAAAGUAACUGGAAAGGCCCUCAUGUUGGAUGAGAUAAUCAAUUAUGUCCAAUCUUUGCAAAACCAAGUUGAGUUUCUCUCAAUGAAACUUACUUCUUUGAAUCCAAUGUACUAUGACUUUGGCAUGGACUUAGAUGCACUCAUGGUCAGACCUGAUGACCAGAAUUUGAGUGGGUUGGGGACACCGCUACUAAAUAUUCAGCAAGGCCCUACUAACGCUACUACAUCACAGGCAGUUGAAGUUAUUCCUAACACUAAUAGUGGCUAUCCUUUUUUGGAUAAUUCAGCAUCUCUCAUGUUCCAACAGGCCCAUUUCCCUAAUUCCAUUUCUCAGGGUAAUGGGCAGCUCUUAUGGGGUGCGGAUGACCAAAGACAAAAAAUAAUUGAUCAGUCAGGAUUCAGCAACAACUUUUGUUCUUUCCAUUAAUGUAACACCAGGCCCUGGCCUGCCCUACAGGCUACAGAACAUUUGCACUUUGAACCUGACUGUAGCUAGCUUAGUAUAUAACAUGUGCAUGGAGGAUUAUAUUCUAAAUCACUUUAUCAAGACUCGGAGUAUUUUUAAUUAGUAGUCAGUAGAUUAAAAUGAUGGGCCUUCUGGAUGGAUAAUAUUUAUGAAGUGCAAGAAAUCAGUGGAAGCCAAAAGAGUAACAAGAAGAAAUUAAAAGAAGUCAGCUGGCAGAAUUAUUUGAGACAGAUCUUUUUGGAGAUCCUUUUGAUUGUUGCUGUGACCAAUAUUUGACUUGAUUCCUGAACCAAUUGAAAGCACAAGUUCCUAGAGCCAUGUGAUGGUGGUGGUUAAACCCUAGCUUAGCUAGAAAGAAGAAGAAUAUUAUGUAGAGAGAAAAAAAAAAUGUACUCCUUUUCUUUUUUGCAUCUUCUUCUUGUAUUACCAUGUGUACGUAGCUAUUAUGAUAAAUUUGAUUGUUUGCUUUAA